CAGAACUGACACUUUGUCUUGACAUUUUUGUUCCUAGUUAAUUAUAAUUCUAUGGAAUGUCUUUAUUUAUAGUGAUAUUUUACAGUAUACCAACCAAUGUAGUUUUUAAAUUAGAUAACAAAAACUAUCGACAGUAUACAUGGAUUCAUCUCAGUUAUCCCUUAAGUUACACCCAAAACCAAUAAACAUAUUUUAUGUGUGGUACCCCGAAUUAUGUCGCCGUAUGAAUUGCAUACCUGCAAGAGUUAUAAAACUGUCGAAGCCUAAAUGUCGAACUAUACUCGAAUUUAAUGGGGAUCGCUUGAAGAUAGAUGAAUGGAUUCCAAUAGUGAACGCCCUCCGUACUGAUACAAGUCUUCAUGCUAUCUGCAUCAAAAGUAGGUUAAGUAAUUGUCCUGUUUUACAUGAUAUUGAGACUGAGGAAAAGGCAAAAAACAUGAAAAGACGAUACGGGUCGCUGUAUACUGCGUUUGUAUUAAGCCAACUUGUUAAAUCAAUUUCAUCUUCAAUAAAACGAACGGACGUUCUUACAUUUUUAGAACUGGACGGUCUACCGAUGCUCCCACAAUAUUUGGAGCCUCUAAUGCAAGCUUUAAAGAAAAAUAAAUCGGUGAGACAUCUUUCAUUUGCUAAUUGCGCUCUUAGAGAUUCCGGAUGUGACAUGGUGUGUCAAUAUUUACGAUAUAUACCUAAUAUUGAAGUUAUUAAUCUUUCCGGAUGCAAUUUAUGUUCAAAAAGUGGUGAAUAUUUGUCGAAAUUUAUUAAGUACCAACAAAUCAACAGAUAUUGUGAAAGUUGGCACAAUUCACUGAGAUAUGAGAACCCACAAAAAAAUAAUAUGAAAGGAAUUAAGCGAAUAACUAUUAAUUACAAUGAUGAUUUUGGAGAUAAAGGUUGUCAGUACAUUUUGGAUGAACUAGAGGAUGACUUAUGGAUCAAAGCUUUAGAUCUACAACGCUGUGGAAUAACCGAAGAUUUAGCUAUCAAAAUUAUCGACAUUGUUCGUUGCAGCAAGUCGCUAGAAAUUUUCGAUUUGCGUCAAAACGAUCAAAUAAAUAUUAAGACAAUUGAAAAAAUUCGACAGGUGUUGGAAGAAAAACAAGAAUUUGGAUAUCAACCAGAAUUUCAGUGGUGUAGUUCAUCGUUAAGUUUAACUCCUAGUGCUUCUACUAUUUCGAAAUUGUCUGUUUCAACUCCAGUUCAUAAAACAAAAUCCGCUCCAAUCAAAAUGAACUGCAGACAAAUGAAUGGUAUACAAUUAGAUAUGGUACCAAGGAAAUCGAAAACAUUGGAGACCGUUUCGAAGCGAGAAGUCAGCGCAACCAUUAUUUCAGAUUUAAAUUUGAAAAUACAAUCUGAAAUUCAAAAAAGAAAGUUGUUAGAAAAGAAAAACGAAGAACUUCAACAACAAUUAAAUAAAUUACAAUCAACUAUUAAAUUUGCACCGCAACAGGGAAAAUGUCCGAAAAAACCACUCAAAAUUGUGGUGGAAUCCGUAGAUAGAAAAGCCAAAAAUUCAAAACCACUAACGAAAUCUGCAGUUCAAAAAGAAGUUAGGGACAAAAAAAAUGAGAUAGUACCUCUUAAUAAUAACACAAAGAGAGGCUUUAUCAAAAAUAAUGAAUAUAGAACAGAAUGUGUCAAAAAUGGAUACAAACAUGAAAAUGUGCCCAACGGAUGUUCUCCAGAAGUUAUCAAUAACGCUUCGAAAAUUUUCCAAAAUAUGUUAAUGAGCGAUAGCUUCGUCGAUUCUUCCAAUGAUUCUACGGAUUUAUUGGAAUAUAUAACCAACGAUAAAUCUCUUAAAAAUGAAACUGGUAAUGUAAGUGAAGUGUCGACAGAAAGUCUGCAGUCUAUUUACCAAUUCAUUGCAGAAUUAGAAAAUAACUCUGGUAAAUACAAGACGAAAGAAAGACGACAAAACAUAGGAAAGAAAUAAACUUUUUUUCAUAGACAAAUUAAAAUGUAAUAUUUAUUAGUAUAUCAAAA